AUGGACGACCCCGGCUCCGAGGUCGAGCACGAGAUACCCGGCGUCGUGCGUGUGCACAAGGGCGGCCGCGUCGUGCGCUUGAACGGCACCGAGACCGUGCCUUCCUCACCGUCCGGUGACCCAGCCAGCGGCGUCGCCUCCAAGGACGCCGUCCUCGACCCGGCGGCAAACAUCUCUGCUCGCAUCUACCUCCCCGCCGCCGCCUCCUUGGCGGAGCCCGGGAAGAAGCUCCCUGUGGUCGUGUUCUUCCACGGCGGCGCGUUCAUGAUCUACACCGCUGCCUCCCCGCUCUACCACAAGUACGCCGCCUCCCUCGCCGCCGCGGCCCCCGCCGUCGUCGUCUCCGUCAACUACCGCCUCGCCCCGGAGCACCCAGUUCCGGCCGCCUACGAGGACGCCUUCACGGCCCUCAAGGCCGUCGUCUCCUCGUGCCGGCCGGGCGGCGCCGAGCCCUGGCUCGCGGCGCACGGCGACGCGUCCCGCGUCGUCCUCGCCGGCGACAGCGCCGGGGCCAACAUGGCGCACCGCACGGCGGUCCGGCUGCGGAAGGAACGCAUCGAGGGGUACGACGACAAGGUCAGCGGCAUCGCGCUCCUGCACUCGUACUUCUGGGGAAAAGAGCCGGUCGGCGGGGAGCUCACGGACGCCGCCAUCCGCGGCGGCAUUGACCAGGUAUGGCAUGUCGCCUGCGGCGGUAAGCUCGGCCUCGACCACCCGUACAUCAACCCCGGGGCGUCGCCGGAGGAGUUGAGCCAGCUCGGGUGCGACCGUGUGCUGGUCGCCACGGCGGAACACUGCUGGUUCGUGGAGAGGUCGCGCGCCUACGCGGCGGGCGUCAAGGCGUGCGGGUGGGGCGGCGAGCUCGAGUUCUACGAGACCAAGGGCGACGGGCAUGUCUACUUCUUGCUCAAGCCCGACUGCGACAACGCCGCCAAGGAGCUCGCCGUCGUGGCCGACUUCGUCAGGCGCUGUUGA